AUGAGUCAGCCGGACGGACAGAGUCUUGAUGCUGUGGAUUUACCGCCAAAAAUGGCGGAAGUGAAGCUCACUGAGGCUGGAAUUGCUGCCCCUAUUGGCUCACCAUCACCAAAAAGUCCGAGGUCCAAAGGCACUCCAAACCCUGCGAAAGGCAAAGGUGAUGCAGGGAAAUCGAAGCAGAUACACACACAAGCAGCACCAAAAGGCGCACCCCCUGCAGUCAUUCCACUACCAGAUUUCGUGCUGGAACGAAACCAAUUCUUCGAUGAGCUCAAGAAGAAGUACGAUGAAGAACUUUCAACAAGACCCAAACCAGAGAUCAAGAUUACUCUCAGUCCUGGUUCUGUUGAGGAUUCAAUACUCAUUGGGAAGGCUUGGGAGACCACGCCAGGCCAGCUCCUCAAGCAUCUUCCAAAGGACGUUGCUGCUGAGAUUGUCAUUGCCAAAGUUGAUGGAAAGCUCUGGGAUCUCGACAGACCCCUCGAGCAGGACAGUAAGGUUUCGUAUCUGACAUUUAAGGACAAAGAAGGCCGUGAUGUCUUUUGGCACUCCUCUGCUCAUGUACUGGGGGAAGCUGCAGAGCAUGAGUAUGGAUGUCGACUGUCUCAUGGCCCUCCGACGGCGAUGGGGUUCUUCUACGAUAUGGCUUUGGAAGAAGGGCGGGCUGUGAAAGAGUCUGAAUGGCCAUCUAUCGAGGCCAAGGCCAAAAAGUUCUUCAAAGAGAAGCAGCCAUUUGAACGGUUGGAGGUCUCGAAAGACAACCUGCGCAAGAUGUUCGGAUACAGCAAAUACAAGAUGCAUUACAUCGAAAAGUUUGUUGCGGAUGGCGAAAGCAGCACAGUAUACCGAAAUGGAACACUUGUGGAUCUAUGUGCAGGCCCUCACAUCCAGAAUACUAAGAAGAUCGAAGCUUUCAAGAUCAUGAAGAACUCAUCCGCAUAUUUCCUAGGCGACCAGAGCAAUGAUUCUCUCCAGAGGAUACAUGGCGUGGCUUUUGGCAAAAAGGAGGAACUGAAGCAAUGGGAGCAUUACCUGGAAGAAGCCAAGAAGCGAGACCACCAGGAGAUUGGCAAGAAUCAAAAGCUGUUCAUGUUCAGUCAGCUUUCCCCUGGCUCACCAUUCUUGCUGCCCCAUGGCACUCGCAUAUUCAACGCCUUGCAAAACAUGCUCCGCGAGGCUUACUGGGAUCGAGGUUACCAAGAAGUGCAGUCUCCAAACAUGUACAACGUGGAGCUCUGGAAGACAUCCGGUCAUUGGGACCACUAUCAGGACAACAUGUUCAAAGUCCAUGUCAAGGAACACGCCUCCGCAGAUGCCAAAGUUCAGCCCACUGUACCUGGAGCUAAAGCUAUAGAAGUGGACCAAGACAAAGACACUUUCGGCCUCAAGCCAAUGAAUUGUCCAGGUCACUGUCUCUUGUUUCGAAACGAAGAGCGCUCAUACCGCGAACUACCGUGGCGAGUAGCCGACUUCGGCGUUCUCCAUCGCAACGAAGCGUCCGGCGCUCUCACCGGCUUAACCAGAGUGCGAAAGUUCCAACAGGACGACACCCACAUUUUCUGCACCCAAGACCAAAUCACGCAAGAGAUCGAAGCACUGUUCGACUUUCUCUCCUUCGUCUACGGCCUAUUCGGAUUCCCCUUCAAACUCAAGCUCUCCACCCGACCAGAAGGCUACAUGGGCAGUCUUGAGACCUGGAACGCGGCCGAAGACCAGCUGCGCGAAGCCCUGAAGAAAUUCCGCGGCAACGACUGGGAACUUAACGAGGGUGAUGGCGCCUUCUACGGCCCCAAGAUAGAUAUUACUAUCUCUGACGCUCUGCAUCGUGAAUACCAGUGCGCGACCAUCCAGCUCGACUUCCAGCUCCCUCAGAACUUCAAACUCGAAUACAUGACCGGCGAUUCAGGCGGCCACAAAGUCGCUGCUGCUGCUCCUGCUGCCGCCGUCGACAACGAAAAGCCCGACUCCAGCACCAGCAAGCCAGCCGCCAACGGUGAAAACGAAUCCCAAGCCCCGAAUGAAAAGGAACCAUCCACCACCAGCCGGGACACACUCGCGCCCGGCCGCGCCCGGCCGGUGAUGAUCCACCGCGCCAUCAUCGGCUCCUUCGAGCGCUUCAUCGCCAUCCUCACUGAGCACUUCGCCGGCAAAUGGCCCUUCUGGCUCUCGCCGCGCCAGAUCCUCGUGGUGCCGGUCAUGAAGGGCGCCGAGGACUACGUGCGCGAGAUCCAAUCCAUCUUCCACCGCGCCCGCAUGUACGUCGACGUCGACCUCAGCGGCAACACGCUGCAGAAGAAGAUCCGCACCGGACAGCUGGUCGGCUAUAAUUUCAUCUUCGUGGUGGGAGCGGAAGAACAGCGUUCCCGCACCCUCAACAUCCGAAACCGCGAUGAUCCGACCACGCAGAAACUGGGGGCCAUGGUGCCGCUCGACGAGGCGUUGAGGAAACUCAAGGACCUGCGGGACCAGAGACGCUUGGUCAAUUCGUUGGAUCCGUGA